UCCAAGGGCGGAUCUGUUUCAUAUCGUUUCCCCUUUUCUUCAGACACACCUGUUUUCCACACGGCUUUUACAGACUGGACCAGGAAGUGUGAGCUGCUGUAAGUGUGAGUUUAUUUUUCAGUAAAAUGGCAGAAGCGAAUAUUUCAGUAGCUCAGGAUCAGUUCAGCUGUCCAAUCUGUCUGGAUCUAAUCAAGGAUCCAGUAGCUAUUUCAUGUGGACACACUUUCUGUAUGGCGUGUAUUAAUGGCUGCUGGGAUCAGGAGGAUCAGAAGGGAGUCUAUAGCUGUCCUCAGUGUAGACAAACCUUCACUCCAAGACCUGUUGUGAGUAAAAACAGCAUGCUGGCUGAAGUAGUGGAGACACUGAAGAAGACGGGACUCCAAGCUACACGUCCUGCUCACUGUUCAGCUGGACCUGAAGAUGUGGAGUGUGAUUUCUGCACUGGGAGAAAAUCCAAAGCCAUCAAGUCCUGUCUGGUGUGUCUGGCCUCUUUCUGUGAAACUCACCUCCAGCCUCACUAUGAAUCUCCUGCCUUUAAGAAGCACAAGCUGGUGGAAGCCUCCAGACGACUCCAGGAGCAGAUCUGCUCUCGGCAUGACAAACUGCUGGAGGUUUACUGUCGCACUGAUCAGCAGUGUAUCUGCAUGUUGUGUACCAUGGAUGAACAUAAAGGACAUGAUACAGUAUCAGUUGCAGCAGGACGAGCUGACAAACAGAAGCAGUUGUUGGAGAUGCAGGGAAACUCCAAGCAGAGAAUCCAGGAGAGAGAGAAGGAGCUUCAGGAACUAAUAAAAGCUAUGGAGACUCACAAGCUCUUUGCACAAGCAGCAGUGCAGGAAACCGAGAGGAUCUUUACAGAGCUGAUCAAAUUUAUUGAGAGAAGAUGCUCUGAACUGACAGCGUUGAUCAGAGCUCAGGAGGAAGCUGCAGUGAGUCGAGCUGAAGAAGUCAUGAAGCAACUGGAGCAGGAGAUCGCAGAACUGAAGAGGAGAGAUGCUGAAAUGGAGGAGCUUUCACACACAGAGGAUCCUGUCCGGUUCCUCCAGAGUUUUCAGUCUGUCGCAACCCCAACUGGAUCUUCAAACUUGCCCAUCAUCACGUUCAGCUCUACUCUAACUUUUGAGGAUGUAAUAACAUCUGUGUCUCAGCUGAGAGAAAACGUUGAAGAGUGCUAUAAUGCUGAGUUUGAGAAGAUAUCAAGUGGAGUGAGGGAUGUCCAGAUUUUAUCACCUCCUCGUAUCACUAUUAAGAUGCCAAGAUAUGUCGAGGGCUGGGAUGGUCUUGUCCAUAAACAUCCUGUGAAAAAAUCAAUGUUUGAACCGUUCUUUAAGGAACUUCACAAGAAAUGAGAUUUUCAGUUUUCAGUGACCUGGCAAAUGUGAGAAACCUGCAGAUCACCAACUAGUGACACUCUGUGAUACUCUACAGAACUCCUCAGUCUACAAUCACUCUCUCUCUCUGCCAUUUAAACACAAUUUCUCUCCUCACGUGGGCAUAGUGUGGAAUAAUCAGUGUCAUCUUUAUAGAAGUGAGUAAGAAUUUAAUGACUUAUCUUGGAUUUGUUGAUUUUAUCUCGCUCUCAUUUUAUAUAUAUAUAUAUAUAUAUAUAUAUAUAUAUAUAGAUGAAAUGGUUACUUACAACAAAUGUAUAACUGGUUUUGGGGUCUCUUACACAAAAUAUAUUAAUUUUUCAAACAGAAUAAAUAAAGAACAUUUUAUUGGUGAUGUUCAUAUGGUGACUAAAAGAUGAAAUCAUUUUCAUAUUAGAAAAAAAAUUCUUAUGCUGGAUCAGAGAUGUUUCUUGAAAGUGACAUGGAAUUCAAUGUGUGCUGGGCUUUCUGUAGACCAUCUUUAUAUAUUUUUCUCCUCAAAAUUGUAAUAACCAAACAUGUACUUUGUGUUAUUCUGACCCAGAAGAUUUUAUUAAUGUAUUUUGGCAAGAUUAAAAAAAAUUCUUAGUUUCUAAUAAUAAGAUUUUGCUUAUAGUUUAAAUUUUUCUUGGCUUUAUUAAUUUAGAUGACAUAAAUAAUGGUGGUGUUUGUAUUGUGAAGAAGUUUUGUCUGUAAUCAGUAUUGCUACACAAUUAGUUUGUAUUGAUUUAAAUGGUCUAUGAAUCUAUUAAAAAUAUACAUAUAUAAAACA